AUGCAGGGGCGGUUUUGUCUCGUGUGCGAACGGUACACGGUUGUGAAGCAGCGCUGCACGCGGUGCGGGGCGUACGAAGAGGACUUCUUCUUCUCCCUGCCAGAUGUGCUGCACGCGCAGUCGCCGCCACCGCUGCUGCCGUCAUCUGAUGCCAUCACCACAACCACGCACUGCACCCACGACCACGAACACCACAUCGGCUCCGUUGUCAACGGUGCCCACCGCCCCAGCAGCUCCCGUGCUGCCUUCUCCAACAACAGCAACGGCAGCAUCAACGGCAGCAGCACCUGUACUUGA